CAUCUGUGCAAGGAACAACACAUAAUUAAAGGGUAGCUCUGAGCCUUGCGAGAUAAGAUGGUUCUUCAAGACGAAGAUAAGAAUUUGACAUCGGUGCUGAACUCUGCCAACAAUGAACUGCUCUAUAUCUGCGAUACGGCCUUUUUGACCGCCUUGAAGCCAGAUGCGUUGUCCACCGAUGUCCAUUCUGUGCUGCUUUUCACAACAGUUAUGCUACUGGUGUUUCUGCCCUUUACAAUAUUACUCAAUAUUCUUGUGAUUGUAGCGGUAAACUCCACGCAUGAGCUUCGAACCACGUCAAACAUUCUGCUGGCGUGUUUAGCGACGACAGAUCUCUUGAUAGCUUUGACUAUUCAGCCGUGUUUUAUUGCGAUGGAAGUGUAUUUCAUUCAAGGAAGAAGUGUUGCUGAGUUUUGCGUGCUGGAGAAAGUAUCGGGCAUCUUUUUUACCAUGUUUUGCAGCAUAUCUCUGUUUCAUAUUGUAUUAAUAAGCUUAGAAAGAUUUUUGGCGAUCAAACAUCCCUUUUUCUACGAGAAUUACUCCUCUAAUAAGAUUUCGAUAAUCUCUUCUGUGAUAGUGUGGAUACUAGCCGUUAUUCCAGCACUCAAGGAUUUAAUAGACUCUAAAAAUGAUUUUGUUUCUGUUGUAUUUGUUGAUGUUCUUUCAGUAUGUAGUAUUCUAGUAAUUAUCGUAUGCCAUGUUACCAUUUAUUUCGAGGCUAGACGCCAUCAGAAACAAAUCGCUUCUCAGCAAAUUUCACGGGAAGCAAGGGAAAAAUUCGAGAAGGAUAGAAAAUCCUUAAAGACAACGACAAUAAUUGUUUUAACUGUUUUCUUUUGUAACUUCGUUUCGAUAUCAGUUAAUUUUUUCCUAGACGCUGUGACUGAAUUCAACACUGCCUACAUACUUUUCUUUUUAGCUUUGACAUUAACUUUACUCAAUUCUUUGGUGAAUCCUUUGAUCUACGCGGCGAGGAACAAGCGAGUUCGACUGGCAUUUGUCCACCAUCUGUUACGACAACAAAUUCAACAAACAGAUCAAAUGGAAAUACGAGUAAAUUGUUGCAGAAGUACGACAGUCAGGCCACAAGAAGGCGAAACGUCAGAGUUACCAUAACAACGUGAUUAAUUAAACUCGCCCUUUAUUGAUCCGUCUGUCUAUAAUUAGGUGAUCAGAACUACGAUCUGAGCGGUAGUCAUCAUUUCAGCCAACAAAUUUUUUCACGAAUUUCCGCUUAAGGCUUUACUCUUAACCUAAAUACGAAUACGAUUAUUCAUCCCCAAAAUUUAAUUGGGUUUUAGAAAAUUAAUUAUACCUUGUAAAACAUGGCGCUCUUACUUAUAUUGCUAGUAAGGUUAUCAGUUAUUUCUCUGUAUUUCAUCGAGGUUUAGUUUUUCUUACAAGGCGAAUUCAGUAUGUAUA